UUUUUCCCCUUAUCUUGUUUCACCUAUUCAUUCACAUAGAAAGUACCAAAAGAGGAAAAUUGCAUUAUUUUUUUUCAAGAACUGUAUGGUGGAUUUUGUUUGUUUAGAUUAUGAAUGUGAAAAUGAGAUUAGUUUCUUUGGACCAACAAAACAACCAUGGGAUCAUGGAUGAGGAAAAUCAUGAUUCUGAUUCUUCUGAUAUUUUGAGUAAUUUCUCUUCAUCUGAUUCGGAGUUGCUUGGCGAAGAAGAAGAAGAAGGAGAAGGGGAUUCUUCAGAUCCGACUUCUCCGAAUUCUUCUUCUUCUGGUGAUUCAAUAAGUCAUGAUGAACACACAAAAGGAGCUUUGCAAAAUAUGUCCACUCUUCUUCAAGAACUUCCCUUCAAGAGAGGCUUGUCAAAACACUACAAUGGGAAAUCACAAUCAUUCACCUCUCUAUCAAAUGUGAGAAGCUUAGAGGACAUGGCUAAGCCAGAAAAUCCAUACAACAAGAAGCUCAAAUCAUGCAAGAGUUAUGGAGUUUUCUUAGAAGGUUUCAAAUCAAAUAACCUGCAUCCUCCUAUUAGAAGCAAUAGUUCUUCAAGACUAAGCUCAAAGAGAGGCUCAUGUUCAUCAUUAAGAGCAAAGAGAAAUGGAAGCUUUCUUGGGAAUAAUAGUAGACCUCCUGCUCCUCCACAUAGAUCAACUAGUUUUACAAAUCAAACCCCUUUGUUUGCUUGAUGGUUCUUAUCAAAAAAUAUUUAAAAGGAUUUACUAAAUGUAUUUACUUUGUUGUUGUUACUGUUUCUUUUUUCAGCUGGAUGCUAUGUGAUGCUUUCUGUAGUACUUGUUAUAUUUAUUUUUUAUGUUCUUUGAUAUGUGUUACCUGAGUCGGAUAGAGGCAUACUUCUGUCCUUACUUGAUUCCAUCAUGUGGACUUCAUUGAGUAUGUUUAUGUUGUUGUAUUUUGUGUUCGAAGUUCCAUACUUAAAUUGGAUCUUGCUUGUUUUAUUUAAA